CCCCCUCCUCUCUCCAGACCUGGUGCAACCCUCUCUCGUGCGCUCUGCGCCUGCGCCUUUCACUUCCCUUUUCAUUGAGCUGCGCAGGGAGAUGCACAGUUAGGCGCUUGCAGCUGGUUUCUCUAGUCACAGCCCGGGCUGCUGCUACAUUCAGUUUGGACUUGAUGCUUCUCUAGCUGCACGGACACUCAGACAUUUCCAUUACUAUUGUACUGCAUUCCCCUUCCCCACACUGCGCUACUGUCCAUUGUGAGCCUGCACCCCCCUGUACUAUCGCAUAAUAGCCCGUGCCACCCCGGCAGCUGCGACAUGCCCGACAUCAUCACAGUCAGCGAGUUCAUCUCAGAGACCCUGGAGGACCACAGCUCCCCCACCACUUCUUCUUUCAACAAGAGAAUGGGAAGCUGCAGGAACACAGUGGCGGGCGUAGAGGAGGAGCUGGAUGCUGACCGAAUUGUGCUCACCAAGAUGAAAAAAUCAUCAAAGUCCCAGCACAGCACAGGAGAAGAACACAUCACACAUCUGGAAGUUUACAUCACAACAUUGGAGAAGCUGUCGUCCAACUGUAGGGACAACGGCGAGGAAGCCCUGAGCAUGGCGUUUAGUGCAUUUGCUGAACUAUCUAAGGAGCUUUUGACGCCGAUAAAAAAUGUGUUACAGAGCUUUAAUCACAACAUUAAUUACUUUCUCAACUCUCUGGUGAAAGGAGACCUGAAGGAAGUCAAAGGGGAUUUGAAGAAACCUUUUGAGAAAGCCUGGAAGGAUUACGAGAACAAAUUCACUAAAAUCGAGAAAGAGAAGAGGGAGCUGGCCAAGCAGUACGGAAUGGUGCGUAAUGAGGUGGCUGGGGGUGAGAUUGCAGAAGAGAUGGAGAAGGAGAGAAGAAUGUUCCAGUUACAGAUGUGUGAAUAUCUGAUCAAAGUGAACGAGAUUAAAAGCAAGAAAGGCGUUGAUCUCCUACAGAAUCUAAUCAAGCACUAUAACUCCCAGUGCAACUUUCUACAGGAAUGUUUACAAGCCACUGAGAAGCUGAAAUCGUACAUUGACAAUCUGACUUCUGAGCUCCAGACUAUCAAGAGCCGGCAGGAGGAGGAGAAGAAGAAGUUAUGUUCUCUGCGUGACCUGCUCAAACCCACCCUAGGAGAAACCAAAGAGCUCAGAAGAGAUUCAAUCAGCAAACCACCCCUCUACCAUAUGCAUCAGUUGCAGGGAAACAUUCAGUACGGGACAGAGAAACAUGGCAGCCUGUACAAGAAGAGUGAUGGGCUGCGAAAGGUCUGGCAGAAAAGGAAGUGUUCUGUAAAGAAUUGUUACCUGACUAUCGCCCAUGGAACGGCAAACCGUCCACCAGCCAAACUAAACCUUCUCACAUGUCAAGUGAAGCCAAACUUGGAGGAUAAGAAAUGUUUUGACCUCAUCACACAUAACCGCACAUACCAUUUCUUGGCAGAUGAUGAACAAGAAUGUACAGCGUGGAUCUCUGUGCUGACAAACAGCAAGCAGGAAGCGCUCAACAUGGCUUUCCAUGAGAAACGUCCUAGUGAGGAGAACAGUAUAGAAGAUCUCACUAAGGCCAUCAUAGAAGAUAUUCGCCGCAUGCCUGGGAAUUCUGUGUGCUGUGACUGCGGAUCUCCAGAUCCCAUGUGGUUAUCCAUUAAUCUGGGAAUCCUGACCUGCAUUGAAUGUUCUGGGGUUCACAGAGAGCUGGGUGUGCACCACUCCCGUAUCCAGUCUCUUUCUCUGGACAAACUUGGAACCUCAGAGCUCUUACUAGCAAGAAAUGUUGGUAAUUCUGGAUUUAAUGACAUCAUAGAAGCCAGUCUGCCGUCUCCGUCCAUCAAGCCCACCAUGGAAAGUGCUAUGCCUGAGAGGAAAGACUUUAUUCUUGCUAAAUAUGUGCAGUGGGCUUACACCAAGAGGGGCUGCACUAGUGCUAUUACGCGCCUCUAUGAUCUGCAGGAGGCCGUAAGAUUUAAGGACAUCUAUACCUUAAUUCAGGCCUAUGCUGAGAAGGUGGAUCUGACUGAGCCACUGCCUCAUCCAGCACAGGAGCCGGGUGAGACGGUGCUGCACUUGGCGGUGCUGUUAUCUGACCGAACCUCGCUGCAUAUAGUGGACUUUCUGGUGCAUAACAGUGGAAAUCUGGUGAAACAGACUGUAAGAGGGAACACGGCCCUUCAUUACUGUUGUCUGUACAACAAGACGGAAAGCAUCAAACUCUUCCUGCGAGCCAAAGUCAACCUGAAAAUAAAUAAUGAAGCUGGUGAGACUGCACUGGAUAUUGCCAAAAAGCUCAAACACACUCUGUGCGAAGAACUGCUGGUCCAGGCUCAGAACAAUCAGUUUAACAUGCGUGUUCAUGUGGAAUACGAGUGGCUGCUGCGGGAGGAUGACAUGUAUGAAAGCGAUGAUGAUCUGGAUGAAAAGCUGGGCCCAGUCAAGAAGGAGAGGUCUCUGCGUCCCUACAGCUGCUUCCAGUCUCCCAAUGCUCUCUGUGUGGACAAGGUUGCCUCUAGCAGUAUGUUUUUAAGGCGAGCAUCUCAUGACCAGCGAUAUGAUUCAAGCCUCGGAGCAGAGAAUGCGGUUACUCCCACCUCCACUCCUCCCCUGCCACCAAGAAACCCAAUCAGAGUACCCAAUGUGCCGCCGCCUCCACCACCAGCCAGCCCCUCUGCUUCUGUCAAGAAAACUCCACCUCCUCCGACGACAAAGCACAAGAGAGCCCUGUCCGAUCCUGUACCCAUAAUUCCACACAGUCCUUCCAGUCAGGCCAAUCUACACUUCGAUUACAGUUCCUGCUGCACAUCACCAUCCAAGUUUCUCCAAUCGGAAGCUGUAUCUAGAAGACCAAGUAUUGGGUCCCCCAAGCUCAGCAGCCUCCAUGAAGUCCCAGAAGUCCCACCAAAAGAUCAAAGGACAGAAGGAUAUCCAAAGUCUGGGAACCAAAGGUCUCCGCGUGGGAACAGCACCUCUCCAGCGUUGUCCGUUCAAGAGCUUUACAAUGUCCCGCCAACCAACCAAGAGCCACCAAUGCCAAUGCCACGGAGAAUGAGUUUGAGUAAGCCCAAACUGCGGCGGGUGAAAGCUCUGUUUGAUUGCCACGCAGACCGCGUUGAUGAGCUGACAUUUAAUACAGGAGAGAUCAUUGUAGUUACUGAUGAAGAGGAUCAGAACUGGUGGAAUGGCUACAUUGAAGGGCAGCUACACAGAAGAGGAGUUUUCCCAGCGUCCUUUGUGCACAUGUUGACUGAUUAACAAGCAGGUAACACGGACUACAAAAAUGUAGGGGCACAAGGAUGGGCAGCCCACCCCCAGUCUGCGGUACAUUUGUAUAUAACAUGAAGAUAAGCAAUCAUCUCUAUGGAGAAUAUUCUCUGGCUCUAUAUCUUGCCACAGAGGAGAUAAUGGUGAUAUCCGCCUGCCUUUAUCUACCCAGUCGAUGCUCCCUUCCGCUAACAAACCGUUAGUCGUUUUUAUCAAUACGGCUUCAACUUGAGAAUUGCCAUUUGCAGCUGGUACAUUGGGGCAGAAGACAUGGAUUUUUCUUAUUUUCUCAGCUACAUCCAGAAACCAGUAACCAAAAAUGCCAAAAGACACCCGAAAAAAAAAAAUCUGGAGCAAUUAUUAUGCGCAAAAGGCUCUGGUGUCUUCAAAAGUCUGGUAGAGCACAUCUCUGGUUUUAUUGAAUAUAUAUAUUCAUUCUCUUUCCCUAAAUAGGUUUGUAACUAUAGUUGGAUCUCAUGGUUUAAUCAGGGGCUUAUCCUAAGCACAAUGAACUGUGAAUUAUACCCCAGACCAGGACCAAUAUCGAGCACUUAUUAGUAGGGAAAGAAGAAAAACACAAUUAUAUCUUUUUGUACUUGUUCUGCGAGACACGUAUGCUGUUAGAGAAGUAUCUUCAAACCACUGCAACAUCUGCAGAUUUUAGUGUUGAAAACACUAGUCGGGGGCUACAUUUACAACCCUUGAAUGCGCCUCCUGUUGAUUGGUUGGAGAGGCCGCCAGUUAAUGGGGUUGGCAGGCAGUAAGACCACUUUGUCAGGCAGCUGUUUACUCCGUGACCUGAAUCUGGUAUCUGCCAGGAACACUUCUGUCUCUUCAGCAGCUGUUUGGGUCACCGAGUGGGACUGCAAAUGUAGCCCCAUGCCAAUGUAUGCCUCUUCUUCCCACUGAAGUACAGCAACAUUGCCAGUUUCCCUUUAAAGCUUGUAAUAUCCUUCACACAGGGGACCUUCUAUAAGAGGGACCUUAAGAUGAAACACUGAAGCAGAGUCCCAUACAUAUCAGUGUUUCAGCUUCCAACUGCAAUUAAGCCAUGUCCCUGGGCCACCCUGGCCUUGUCCCUAGGUAAUGAGUCGACUUAGGGCACAUUAUGGAUCUUCUGUUGUCCUUAAAUUUAUAGCCCCUCCCCCACCCAGUGCAGCUCAUCAGGCACACACACUGUAUAUGUCGUAUGUGUUUGAUUGCCCGGUGUGUCCAAUGAGUGCAAAUCACAACAUUUUUAAAAAAUAUAUAUUUUAUUUCAAGAUUUUAUGAAAUUUUUAUUUCUGCUUUUUAUUGCCCACAGUCUUUUGCGAUUUUAGUGAUCUUAUACUUACUGAUCACGAUUGUGCUUUGGCGAUAUCAUAACAUUCACUUUAUUUCGUAUAAAUGUUCCAUUCAGCAAACAUUGCAUUAAUCAGAGACUCCCGCACAUGCAGCAGUUUCAGCUUUGAAGACCCGAAGCAGCCUGUUUUUGAAGAUAUUCGGAGGAGAUUUCUGCCCUCGCCUUCUGUAGCUCCUCCCAGAUGUAUGACCAGAUUUUAGGAUGUUUUUGUUAUAGG